AUGUUUCUGUACGGCAUAUCUAUUCGACACGGAUGGGGUUGUAAAAAGAACGAGCACCUUGCGUUUCAGUAUCUUCAAAAGGCAGCAGAGCAUGCUGUUGAAGACUUGGAAGGCUUUUCGAAUACAGUCAAUACAUCAGCAUCCAAGGGAGAAUUGAUCAUGGCCAUCUAUGAGCUAGGCGUAUCCUUUAGACACGGUUGGGGUUGUAAGAAGAACAAGGAGACAGCGGCCUAUUAUUUCAAGAUAGCAGCCGACUUGAACGACCCAGAUGCUCAAAAUGACCUUGGUCAUUGCUAUUACCAUGGCCACGGGGUGAAAAAGGACCUAAAAAUGGCUGCUAAAUAUUAUCGCAUGGCUGAUAAACAAGGGCAGGGGAUCAUGGGGAACUCUUGGAUAUGGAAAUCAAAGUAUGACUAA